AAUUUGCUCUCAAAUUUGAACCAGCUUCCAAGAUUUUUUAUGAAUUGAUUUUCCAAAAAACUGAAAACCAAGUUAGUUAUCUCAAAACUCAAUUACGAGAUAUCCAAAGUCAAUUAACUCACCAAGAACGGAUAUUCGCUCGCAUUGAAAUCCGUCGUCAAGGUGCGAUAAUUGUAAGACUAAUUACUCCGCUGACAAUAACCAAGCAAUCGAAAUUACCAAAUAAUAUGGCAAGUAUCGAAUUAAAAUUUCAAGGAACUUUUAAUAAGUCUGAUUAUUUAAGAGAAUUUUCCUGUGGUAGUUGUCAGCAGUAUCUUACAGAGCAGGAUAUUUCCAUUGGUAAUUAUCGCCUUUAUGUGAGCGAUUAUGCUAACGAAGUUGAUAAGGAGGAAUAUUUCUCCACUCGUUUAGGUCGUCAUCUAACCACCUACGGCUUAAACUUCUGA